AUGGUUGAUACAUUGAACUUGACUGACAUGAAGGCCACAGGCAGAAUGUUGACAUGGACAAACGGUCAUGUGUGGAGUAAAAUUGAUAGAGCCUUGUGUAAUACAGCCUGGAACUUGACGUAUGGAAGGAUCACAACUGACUUCAAGGAAAAUAAUUUCUCUGACCAUUCUCCCAUUCUCUUGGCAUUCUCAUUAGAUGAAGCUAGAAAGAGGAGACCAUUCAGAUUCCUGAAUGUAUUAACUGCUGAUGAGAGAUUCUUAGGUAUAAUUGAUGAAGUAUGGAAACAACCCACACAAGGAUCAUUCAUGUUUCAAGUGUGGCAGAAGCUGACUAAGUGUAAAGAACCUCUCAAGGUACUUAUGCAAGCUGAGAUGGGGAAUCUUGAACAUAAAAUCCAGGAGGCCCGGGAUAGGGUACAAGCAAUACAAAUCCAAUUGACAAACCACAUUGAUGAAACAUUAUUGGCUAGAGCAAAUGCAAACAAUAUAUCCACUUUGAGGAAUGUUCAGGGGAGAACACUGUUGAAACAUAGUGACAUUGAGGAGGAAAUCCUUACUUUUUAUAAAGGACUGUUAGGUACUGCUGCACCUACCCACCUUUGUGUUGAUAUCACCAUCAUGAGACACAGACCUUGCUUGAAUGUGCAACAACAAAAGGAAAUGAUUGCUGCUAUAUCUCAAACAGAAAUUCAAGAGGCUUUAUUUGCCAUUGAUGACAACAAAGCCCCAUGCAUAGAUGGAUUUAAUGCUCACUUCUUUAAAAAAACAUGGGGAAUUAUUAAAGGAGAUGUCACUUUAGCUAUCCGAGUUCUUUUUAGAGAGUACAGUGCUGAAGAUUCAAUUGGAAUGACUAAGAAAGCUGCUACUCCGAUGAGAAAUACAGGUAUAGAACCCGAAUGUGCGAUUCCUAAUUUUUCUUUGGGAAUUUCUCAACAUGAAACUGCCAUUGCAGGCUCUUAUGCUGAGAAUCGUUCAAAAAGAAUUAACGAUCCUAGGUGUUCUAAGGAAUAUGCUGGUGACAAUGUUGUUAAUGUUAGGGGCAAAAAAAUUGCUAAAGCCAAACGUAAUGUGGAUGAGGAUGAUGAUGAAGAGGUAUCUAAAUUUUUGGUUACCAAGCACCCUGCUGUGGCACCAUCUAUGUGUAGAUACACGAAUGUUAAUGUAAUGCAAGAUAUUAGAGGCAAACUAACAGAUCCACAGAUGGAUAUGUUUAGGAAUUCUUGUUUUGGUAAAUAUCUUAGAAUGCAGCAAUUGGAUGUACAAGCACAGAUUUUUCGGUGCUUUAUGGUCAAAGAACUUAGGGGCAGUACAUAUAGGUGCUUUACAUUUGAAAUAAAUGGUAAAGUUCUGCGUUUUGGCCUUAGAGAAUUUGCACUGAUCACUGGGCUAGAUUGUGUAUCUGAUGAAAAUGAUUUUGUUUAUGAUAACUCAAAACCGAAUAGGCUUAUGGUUGAGUAUUUUGGUAGAAAUCAGGAGAACCAAUUGCCAGUUAAAAGACACGAGCUUAUUGAGUGUUUCAACAAGACUGUCUGGGAUGAUAAAGGGGAUGACGCAGUCAAGAUGACAAUAUUAUUUGAGGAAGUUGUGCCAACACCCCAUGAGUUGGAAACUCUUAAAUUGCCUCCUGUUGCACAUGACAUACCAGACGUCAAACAUGGAGUUGAUGGUGUACAUGGUACUGAUUUGGUAGACGAUGAUUACGAUAAUUUUAGUACCACACCACCGCAUCUGUCCAGUGGCAAACAGCAACAAAGGAGUGCCAAUUCUGAUUCCCCGCGAGGCAAGAAACGGACGCAGUUUCCAGUUUCUGUUCCUCCUUCCAGGAAACAACCAUCACGGAAGGAAUCUGGGAUAAAAGGGACAAGGAAACCAGAUGCACCUACAGCACCCCGAACAGAUGAGUUUAAACUGAUAAGGGAAGAGAUUCGGAUUUUCAAGAAAGAAGUGUUUGACUACAUGGAUAACAACUUCAAAAAGUUGUUAGAUGCAAUAAAGGGCAAUCAAACACCAGAUAAGGUCGGCGACACAAUGUUAAAAGCUGACUUACAUAGUGAUGGUGGGAUUUCUCAAGGCAAUCAAAGUGGCGGUGCAGUAAAGCUUUCAACCAAAGAGAAUCAAGGUGGUGGUGCCACUUCCGCGCAGAGGAGUCAUCCAGUGGUUGAGGGAGUUGGGUUGCCAAUUAAUGAUCCGGUUUCUGUUGUUGAUGUGGAUAAAGAAACCUGAGUUAAAAGUGAUGCACAAACAAAUGGAGUGCCCAUAAC